AUGACGCCCGUUGGUGCGGCACUCUGGCGUAAACUGCGCGUCCAUCAAGUGUAUGGCGCGAAUACAGACGUUGGCAAAACAAUAGUGUCGACGCUUUUGGUAAAAGCUUUGUCGGAGAGGAGCAAGGCGGGAUUCUUGAAGCCUGUAUCAACUGGUCCAUUAGGUGAGGCAGAUGAUAGGCACGUGAAACAAUUCACAGAUGGCAGCAGCAAUGUGUUGACAAAAUGUCUGUACCAAUUUGGUGAGCCAGUCAGUCCACAUAUUGCUGCACAAUCCAGUCAGCGACCCGAUGAUAAUGAAAUCCUAAGCUCCGUACAUACUGUGCUAUCAUCCUGGUCUGCAAAAGGGGUCAAAAAUGCCUUGGUUGAGACUGCAGGAGGUGUGCAUUCUCCUGGACCCAAUUCGACCAGUCAGGCAGAUCUGUAUCGCCCUUUGAGACUGCCUAUAGUGCUUGUCGCUGACUCUCGCCUUGGUGGUAUUUCGUCGUCAAUUUCCGCGUAUGAGUCACUAGUCAUACGAGGAUAUGAUAUCCAUUCCGUUCUUUUGUUUCAGGAUGACUACUAUCAAAACCACGAAUACCUUAAAUCCUACUUCUCGAAGAAAGAUAUUCCUAUUCUAGCUUUUCCGAAACCCCCACCGCGUCCUAGAGGGAAUAUGACUCCUGACGCUCAAGCCGAAGACCAGCAGGUAAUGAAAGACUAUUACAGAUCACUUCAAAGUGAUCUAAACCUGGAUUCGUUGUUAAGAAGUAUGGAGGAAAAAUGCGAGCAGCGUAUUGAGAAUCUAGACAAGAUGGCCGCACGUGCACAUGAAGCCAUCUGGUACCCUUUUACACAGCACCAAGGAAUGGAGUCAAAAGAUAUAACGGUAAUUGAGUCUGCCUAUGGCGAUUAUUUCCAGACACUCAAAUCAUCAACGAACACUGAAGUUGACGAUGAAAGCCAAGUGCUACGGCCAACAUUUGAUGGCUCUGCCUCCUGGUGGACACAGGGUUUAGGUCACGGAAGCCCAGAGUUGGCUCUUACAGCAGCACAUGCAGCCGGCAAGUAUGGACAUGUGAUGUUUGCUGGCACUGUUCACAAACCGGCCCUGGGUCUUGCCGAGCUGCUUCUACAGAGUCUGGGAAAUCAAAGGUUGCGAAAGGUUUUUUAUACUGACAAUGGCAGUACUGGAAUGGAAGUUGCUAUUAAAAUGGCUCUUCGGGCAUCUUGUGUGCGAUAUGACUGGGACUCAUCUACAGAAGAGAUCAAAAUCCUUGGACUGAAAGGAAGUUAUCAUGGAGAUACUAUUGGCGUGAUGGACUGUUCCGAGCCUUCGACAUACAAUAAAAAGGUUGAGUGGUACAGAGGGAAAGGAUAUUGGUUCGACUAUCCAACGGUUGGAAUGAAGGGCGCCAGAUGGCAUGUGACAGUCCCACAGGUGCUCAUACAGGAACUUGGUGAAGGAGAGGAUUUCAAUUCAUUGAAUGAAGUAUUCGAUCUCGACGGGAGGCUUCGAUCUUUGGCUGGGAAAAGGUAUACGAGAUUCAUUAAGGAAACUCUCAAUAGACUGGUACAUAAGGAAGGGUUCAAAUUCGGGGCAUUGAUUAUGGAACCCGUUAUUCUGGGAGCAGGAGGCAUGCUUUUUGCUGACCCUCUCUUCCAGCGUUGUCUGAUAGAUGUGGUGCGGUCAACCCCCGAUUUGUUCGGAUCUACUUCAGUACCUACGGAAACAACCACCAACUGGGCCGGAUUACCAGUCAUCUUCGACGAAGUAUUCACUGGCCUUUAUCGCCUUGGCCGACGGACAUCUGCCUCUUUUCUAGCCGUCGAUGCUGAUAUAUCUGUUCACGCAAAACUCCUCACUGGUGGUUUAAUUCCCUUAGCGGUAACACUUGCCAGUAAGGAGAUCUUUGACGCCUUUUUGAGCUGUGAAAAGAGCGAUGCUCUCCUUCAUGGACACAGUUAUACAGCGCAUCCUAUAGGCUGCCACGUUGCGAAGACAUCGCUGAGGAUGAUGAUGGAAAUGGAAAAUCGAGGUGAUUGGAACAGCUUUCAGAAGCUGUGGCAGACAACCCGGACAUCAAGCAAGACAACCGGCCAUCCCGUAUGGAGUCAUUGGUCUUUAAAAUUGAUUCAAGAUUUAAGUUACGCGAAAAAUGUAGAAAGCGUCUUUGCAAUCGGGAGCGUCUUUAGUAUCUCAUUGCACGAUGAAACCGGACAAACAGGGUACACAUCAACAGCAGCCAAAGGGUUGCAACAGAAACUCGCUCUUGGCGAAAGCGGUCUUGCAAGUUUCAAUGUGCACUCAAGGGUACUUGGUAAUGUGCUUUAUCUCAUGGCAAGCAUGAAAUCUACACCUCGUGAUUUGAGUAGGAUCGAGAGUCUACUGCGCCGUGCUUUGCUAGGGUAA